UGAUAUCCGUAUCAGAACAACACGUCGUCGUUUAUGAAAAUGCAAACUCAUAACUUUGCAAGCUUGAAUGCGUUUGGAUGAAUGGGCUUGCAGAACUCAACCCCGGUCGUAAACGAGUAUAGUGUUUACAUUUAGCUUUAGCGAUCUGUAGCGAAGGCUUGUGGAAUAGUACUAGUAGUAAAAGAAAAGCCGGAAGGCGAGUCGCUGCGUUGGCAAGGGAAUAAAAAGACUUUCAGUCUACGGCGAAGCAUAAUGUUAUUUCUUCUGCAGGACGGAGAAAAUAAGUACAUCCCGAUGCAUCUAUCCACCGAGAGUCAGUCAAAUAGUGUUGAAGGAUAUUGGGGGAAUCCUACCUCAACAAUAGACUGGUGUGAGGAUGAUUAUGCUGUGUCUUUCUACAUCGCUGAAUUCUGGAAUACGCUGACAAACCUUGGUAUUAUAAUCCCUGCUGUGCUUGGACUUAUUGCUGCUAUCCAAGACAAAGUAGAGCCCCGAACCGUUCUAGGAUACCUCGCAUUGCUAGCUGUUGGUAUUGGAUCCUGGUGUUUUCAUAUGACGCUGCAAUUUCACAUGCAGCUUCUAGAUGAACUUCCAAUGAUUUGGGGAUGCUGCAUAUUCUUAUAUUGCCUAGUUGAAUGUACAUCUGCCCCCAAGAGCCACAACUUGAUAUUAGGAGUUAUGCUGCUACUUUGUGCUGUUGUUAUCACAGUUGUGUAUGUUGUCUUUAAGAUUCCAUCCAUUUUCCAGAUAUCUUUCGGAGUUCUUGCAAUAUCUAUGAUUAUAAAAUCAAUCAACUAUCUCAGGACAACAGAAUGUGCAGGGAGAUUUUUCUACGGUGCAAUUACAUGCUACGCAUUAGGGACUAUUUGUUGGUGUCUGGAUUACUCAAUCUGUCCAUCCUUACAGUAUUUUAGAGAGGUAGUGCCUGCUGUUUUUCGGCCGCUUCUUCAACUCCAUGGCUGGUGGCAUAUUUGUGCAGGCCUAGGAAUUUCAUGUCAUAUUUUAUUUAUCUAUGAUAUACGUUGCCAUUAUCUACAACAGAAACACAAGGUCAAGCGAUUCCUUGGAGUUGUUCCCUAUAUGCGCGUCGAAAAUCCACGACCGGAAAAAGCGUGAUGUUGUUUAUCUCAACCGGACGAGUGGAAUACUUUUUUUGUUUACGACGAAAUAUGAACACUACCGUACCCUAACACCGGUACAUACUCCUCCGAAGCCACAUUUAACUCGCCGUCCAUACCAGUGCUAUUGAGUUGGAUGGUGAAGACAAGCCCGAAGGAAAAUGAUUUUAUGCGAUCAAUUAUUUUAGUAUAUUGAUGUGUUGGUACAACAUUUCAGUAAAAAUGUGGGUUGUCGUGACAAAAUGAUUCUUGUUGUACUUGUUAUUUUCAAGAAAAAAUUUAUGAGGUCAUAUUCUGACAAAAAUUGAGUUUCAAUGUUUCUCAUAAGUUAUUAUGUAUAUGUCACGAUAGCUAGUGUUCAAACUUGAUUUUCAUAAUGUUAAAGGUGUUUUGAGGCACAAUUUGUAAAGCUGUUUUUCAGAAUCGAUAGGAAAACUAACAUAAAAUUUAUCAGUUUAUCUUUAGAGGUGAUGUUCUCUAAAAGUAUAUUUUCAGACAUCUGAAUUUGAAAAUGAUAUUACUCGGGCUGUACUCAACAUAGGAACUUGAUUUAAAGACCAAAUAAAGUUUAUAUUUCAUCUAGGCCUAUUUAAAAAAUAUGUUUGGUACAAGACUCAUUCUGUAAAGACACCUUACAAGUGUUGUUUAAUCGAUUAAAAUUGUUUUGUAGGUUGUUCAUUUCAGUAUGCUCCAGUCAGUAAUAUACAUUUGCAAUGGUGGGAUGGAGACGGUACAUGAUUGUUGAGUUAUUGUGUAUUCUGUUGUCGUAUGUAAACUAGCAUGCUUUCGUAUAUUUAAAUAAUUUAUUGUAUUUUAAUUCCCUCCUUUAGCUUGGUAUUUACACUUAAAAUAUUAAUUAUAAUUCAUUUAUAUAUAUUCUUCUUAUAGAAUUAUUUAUAUAUAACGCUAUUACACUUGGACUGAUGUGUCAUAGAAAUAUAUAUUUAAAAGUAUAACAUUAUAAUACUCGCCAUCUUUUUAGGCCUGUAUAUCUAUUUAUAUAAAUUCAAUUUAAAAUGGAAAAUUGUAAAAAAAAAUAUAAUAUUUUUUUUGAUACAUUGAAUAUUUUAUAUAUUCUCGUUAUAUAAUUUUAUAAAGAUAUUUUUGAUAAUUAUGUAAAUACAGGUAUGAAAUAAUAAUGCCUGUCGUAAUUCCUUUGUGUUUACUUCAUUUAUUGAGGUAGCCAAAUAUAAAAUAUUUGUUAUAUUCUUUACUUUAUAUGGAGUAUGCGGACCUUAUUGGAUUAACGUCCCUUCCCCAUGUUACAUAGUUCGGUUAAGGCAGAGGUAUGUGGGUGACUAAGACCUUAGUAGAGUAACUUCCCUACCCCAUAUUUCGGUUAGGCUCAAUUAUUAUCUUUUUCUUUAAAAUCAAAUUUGAGAACGACAGAUGUGUACCAAAAAAGUUCCUUUAUGUACGAAUAAAAUAUAUUGUAUCGUAUAAUAUUUCAUUCACACGGUAACUGCGCUAAGGGUGCUGUGUUGUUUGUUUCUAUCAAUAGCGCCCUCGGUGCUAGAAAUAGUAUUUGCUAUGAAAUAGAUUUAAUAUAUUAAUAAGCCUAUUUAUUUUAGUGAGACAAUUUCUAACUUUGUCAUUCUAGACUGUUCAUAUAAUACUAAGAAUGAUAACUGAGUACCGAAAGAAUUGUAGCGCUAAUAAGUUGUUUAAUUGACGUAUACCAAAAAAAGGAAGAAUACCUUACAGUCAAACUGUUUACUUAGUUUUGUAUUAUAUAACACUGAUCUAUUAACAAUAAAAAUAAAGUAUUGUAUACCCAAAAGUUUUAAAAACUCAAAAUAGUAUUAAUUUAUGAAUAAGUAUUAAAUCAUUAAUAUAAUGCUAAUUAGUAUUUAGAAUUUUCAUAUCACAGGUCUAUAUAUAGAAUUGAUUACAGUAGUACCGAUUUUUGUAAAUUUAACAAUGUUUAUAAACCAUGAAAUUGUUUUCCAAGAUAUUCAGCAAUGAAUAAAUUA